UGCCAGUUUGUGUGUGUUUUGGUGUCAGCAGCAUGUGUGGGCAUGCCUCUCAUUUCAUCAAUUCCAGCUCUCAGCUGUCCCCGGUCUUCUCCUUUUCCCUUUGUGCGUCAUUUUGCUUCACUGAUAGACGACAAAAGCCUCGCUGGAGCCUCUCUCUUAAAAAAAAAAAAAAUGCUUUCCAUCAAUACAAGCAACUUGACUGUGUCAAACUGGGUAUCUUCAACACACACACACACACUCUUACCAGCUGUCUUUUUGGCUUGAAGUGAGUUGGGAGGUAGGGAUGCUGUUGGGUGGGGGAGGAAGUGACUCAUUUGUCAUGAGAAACCAGAGCUCUUAUGCUUGUUGAGCCUCUGUCCCACCACCAGCCUCCACUCUGAAGUGGCCACUCCAGCUUCAAAUCAAAGUGUAUUUCUGGGUAAACUCAGCUAAACAAGUACGCUCUGACCCCUGGAGAAGUUUUAAACAGAUGCUGUGGAUUUCCGAGCGGAAGAGAUGAAGCUUCCCAUAGUGCAGGUCCUGCUGGCAUGGAUCUUCUGUCUGUUCACUGGGUCAGUCUUGGGCUCAGAGUAUGAGACUCGGCUGGUGAAAACUCUUUUCACUGGUUACAACAAGGUCGUUCGUCCCGUUACCCACUUCAGUCAAGCUGUCGAGGUCACAGUGGGCCUGCAGCUGAUCCAGCUGAUCAGCGUGGAUGAAGUUAAUCAAAUUGUGACAAGUAAUGUCCGUGUAAAACAGCAAUGGACAGAUGUGAACCUGAAGUGGAAUCCGGAUGACUACGGAGGCAUAAAAAAAAUCCGGGUUCCCUCCACCGACAUCUGGAAACCCGACUUGGUUUUAUACAACAAUGCUGACGGAGACUUUGCUAUCAUCCAUGAAACUAAAGUGCUAUUGGAGUACUCUGGCAAGAUUACGUGGAACCCUCCAGCCAUCUUCAAGAGUUACUGUGAAAUCAUUGUCCUCCACUUCCCGUUUGACCUCCAGAACUGCAGCAUGAAACUUGGGAUCUGGUCGUACGACGGCCUGCUUGUCGUCAUCAACCCAGAGAGUGAUAAGCCAGACCUGAGUAACUUCAUGGAGUCGGGUGAAUGGGUGUUAAAGGACUCCCGGUGCUGGAAACACUGGGUUCAAUACACCUGUUGUCAGGACACCCCUUACUUGGAUAUUACCUACCACUUCCUGAUGUUGCGGCUGCCACUCUACUUCAUUGUUAACGUCAUCAUUCCCUGCCUGCUGUUCUCCUUUCUCACUGCACUGGUCUUCUAUCUGCCCACAGAUUCAGGGGAGAAGAUGACUCUCUCCAUCUCUGUCCUGCUGUCCCUGACCGUCUUCCUGCUGGUCAUUGUGGAGCUGAUCCCCUCCACCUCCAGUGCCGUUCCGCUCAUAGGAAAAUACAUGCUUUUCACCAUGGUGUUUGUCAUCGCCUCCAUCAUCAUCACAGUCAUCGUCAUCAACGUCCAUCACCGCUCACCCAGCACGCACACCAUGCCCCAGUGGAUCCGCAAGGUCUUUAUCGAAACCAUUCCCAACAUGAUGGUCUUCUCAACGAUGAAGCGUCCAGGCCAGGAGAUUCGCCAAAGGAGAUUCUUCCCCACCGACAUGGACAUCUCUGACAUCUCAGGCAACCUCCCCCCCACCAGCAUUACCUACCAGUCCCCCAUCAUCAAAAACCCUGAUGUUCGCAGUGCAAUAGAAGGCGUGAAGCACAUCGCUGAAACCAUGAAGUUAGACGAGGAGUCCAACAAUGCUGCAGAGGAGUGGAAGUUCGUUGCCAUGGUUUUGGACCACAUCCUGCUGUGCGUGUUCAUGGGCGUUUGCAUCAUCGGGACGGUGGCCGUCUUUGCUGGACGACUCAUUGAACUCAACAUGUUGUAGAAGAUCCUCGACACGACGCUUCAGUAUCACCAGCUCUGCAUGGAAGCAGCCUUUCUAGCAAAGACCUUUUCCUCAUGGAACAUAUUUUUUACAAGUUGUCGAAUAACAUUUUGAAAAAGGACAGGUUGACGUCCUUAAGUGCAGACAAGUUUUCCUACUGGAAGUUUGACUUCUUUCUGCCCGACACAUUGGAGAAAAAACCUUUAUUGAUUUGUGUAAAUGAUGUAUUCUGUCAGAUAAUCAAGAGUUGUUUUGUUUCAGAAAACUCAGUGAGAACUAAGCUUAACUUGAGACAAUUAUUUAAAUUACUAAAAAGUUCAUUUUGUAGGAAAAAACAUCCAAAUUGCAAAAAAAUAAAUCUGACUGUUUCUGCAGCUGGGAUGUGUUCAAGUGAAAACGCACUUUUGUGGAUUUUUUCUAUCUGAAACUUUUUACCUUGAGGUGGAGUUGAUGGAAAAUAAAAGUUGU